AUGGCGGACACAAGGGAAAAAGCGCUGCAAGACUACAGGAAAAAGCUCUUGGAACACAAAGAAGUGGACGGUCGUUUAAAAGAAUUGCGAGAGCAGCUAAGAGAGCAAACCAAACAGUACGAGAAGUCAGAAAAUGACCUGAAGGCUCUUCAAAGUGUCGGGCAGAUUGUUGGAGAGGUGCUCAAGCAGCUCACUGAGGAGAAAUUCAUUGUCAAGGCCACCAACGGGCCCCGAUACGUCGUUGGAUGUCGCAGACAGUUGGACAAGUCGCAGCUGAAGCCAGGCACCCGGGUGGCCCUGGACAUGACUACACUUACCAUAAUGAGGUACCUGCCCCGAGAGGUGGAUCCCCUGGUCUACAACAUGUCCCACGAGGACCCCGGCAGUGUAUCCUACUCGGAGAUCGGAGGGCUGUCUGAACAGAUUCGAGAGCUGAGAGAGGUGAUAGAACUCCCUCUUACCAACCCUGAGCUUUUCCAGAGGGUGGGCAUUAUUCCCCCUAAAGGCUGCCUGCUGUAUGGUCCUCCAGGCACGGGGAAGACUCUUCUUGCCAGGGCCGUGGCCAGUCAACUGGACUGUAACUUUCUAAAGGUCGUGUCCAGUUCUAUCGUGGACAAAUACAUCGGAGAGAGUGCUCGGCUCAUCAGAGAGAUGUUCAAUUACGCCAGGGACCACCAGCCAUGCAUCAUCUUUAUGGACGAGAUUGAUGCCAUCGGUGGCCGUCGUUUCUCUGAGGGAACUUCAGCUGACAGAGAGAUCCAGAGGACUCUGAUGGAGCUGUUGAACCAGAUGGACGGCUUCGACACACUACACAGAGUCAAGAUGAUCAUGGCCACCAACCGGCCGGACACCCUGGACCCGGCCCUGCUGCGGCCCGGCAGACUGGACCGCAAAAUCCACAUUGAGCUGCCCAAUGAACAGGCUCGUCUGGACAUUCUGAAGAUCCACUCCAGUCCCAUCACCAAGCAUGGAGAAAUAGAUUACGAAGCCAUCGUGAAGUUGUCGGAUGGUUUUAAUGGAGCCGACCUGAGAAAUGUGUGCACAGAAGCAGGGCUGUUUGCUAUCCGCGCCGACCGCGAGUACGUCACCCAGGAAGACUUCAUGAAAGCUGUGCGGAAGGUGGCCGACUCCAAGAAGCUGGAGUCCAAGCUGGACUACAAGCCUGUAUAA